AUGCUUAAUAAUAGACCACAAGGGAAUUUACCUAGUAAUACCUUGGUAAAUCCUAAAGAGAACUGUCAAGCAAUUUCAUUGAGGAAUGGUAAGCAAAUGGAGCAUCCCAGUGUACAAAAAUCAGUGGUUCAGAAUGAAGAGUUGGGUGAGAAAUCAGAUACAAAAGUGAAUGGGGUUACUGAAGACCACCAGGAGGUAUUCAAAAAGCUGCACAUCAAUAUUCCAUUUGUUGAGGCAUUAGAGCAGAUGCCUAGUUAUGUCAAAUUUAUGAAAGAGAUUCUGUCAAAGAAAAGAAAGAUGGAGGAGUAUGAGACGGUGGCACUCACUGAAGAGUGCAGUGUGAUAUUGCAGAGGAAGUUGCCCCAAAAACGACUAGGUUUGGGUGAGGCAAGACCGACAACCGUCACUCUACAACUAGCAGAUCGAUCGGUAAAACAUCCACGGGGAAUUAUUGAAGAUGUUCUUGUGAAGGUGGAUAAGUUUAUUUUUCCUGCUGAUUUUAUCGUUCUGGAUAUGAAGGAGGAUAUGGAUGUACCAAUCAUUCUGGGCAGGCCAUUUUUAGCUACUGGGCAGGCUUUGAUUGAUGUUCAGAAAGGUGAGCUGACACUGCGAGUUCAGGGUGAAGAAGUGGUAUUCAACGUGUUUAAGGCUUUAAAGUUUGCAAAUGUCAAUGAUAGUUGUUUCAAAGUUGACAUAGUAAAGAAAGCGUUGGCAGAAAUUCAUCUUACAGAGGAUUCACUUAAGAAGAGCUUGACAAUUGGGGAUAGAUGCUGA